CUUUCGUCUUGUUGUUGGAAAGAUUAUCGUACUUUUUUGUUUAAAUAAAUUAAAAAUUUGGUAAUUUGCUGCACAUAAAGUGGGUCAAAAUGAAAAAGGGGACUACRAAGCAAGUAAAGGCGGACAAAAAGCCUGGUGUYACACCAUCAAAUGUCGCUAUGAAAUCAACUAGUAAGACAACUACCACAAAGAUCAAACGAAAGGAUGAAGAUGACAUGACACAAAUGGGAGAUGACAUGGAUGAAUGGAUGCAGCCUAAACAAUUAAUCAAACCAGAUGAUCAACUUGAACUCACUGAGGCAGAAUUAAAAGAAGAGUUCACAAGAAUAUUGACUGCAAAUAAUCCUCAUGCUCCAAGCAACAUUGUCAGAUACAGUUUCAAAGAAAGAUGCUACAAACAAACGUCAAGUGUUGAUCAACUUGCAAUUCACUUUGCUUUGGAUGGAAAUAUGUUACACAAAGACUCAGAUGAAGCAAGGAGGCAAAGAACUCGUCAAGGAAUGGCUGAUGCUGAAGCAGAUGCUGAAGAAGAUGAUGAGAAAGAGAACAAGCCUGAUGAUGAAAAAGAAAAAACUGAUGAGGAAAAAGGACAAGCAGAAUCCUCAGGUCCUCCAAAGAAAGAACAAAAACUAACAAACCAGUUUAACUACAGUGAAAGAGCAUCUCAAACAUAUAAUAAUCCAUACAGGGAUCGUGGGACAGCUACUGAACCUCCUCCCAGAGCAAACUUCUCAUCAACAGCAAACCAGUGGGAGAUUUAUGAUGCAUAUGUUGAAGAUUUACAGCGACAGGAAAAAAUUAAGGAAAAAGAAACAAGGAAAGCACAGACUCUAAAGAAAGAAGAUGACAAGAAAAAGAAACUCACUCAGAUGGAGAUCCAGGGUGACGACAUUACAAGAAUUGGUAAACCAGCUAAGAUUGUUGAAAGGAUGGUKAAUCAGAAUACAUUUGAUGACAUUGCACAAGAUUUCAAAUACUGGGAAGACCCCUCCGAUGAGUUCCGUGAUCCAAAUGGUACAUUGCUUCCACUAUGGAAGUUUUCRUAUGAAAAAGCCAGAAAGCUUGCUGUUACAUCACUUUGCUGGAAUCCAAAGUAUCAAGAUCUUUUUGCUGUGUCAUUUGGCUCAUAUGACUUUCUUAAGCAGACUCAUGGCAUGGUCUGCAUGAAUACCUUAAAGAACCCUACAUAUCCAGAAUUUACUUUUCAAACAGAGAGUGGUGUCAUGUGUCUCGACAUUCAUCCAGAUCAUCCACACAUGAUUGCACUUGGACAUUACGAUGGGAGUGUUGCGGUGUACAGUGUGAGUGAUAAGGUGGGGAAAGCUUUAUAUCGAUCAACUGCUAARACAGGGAAGCAUACAGAUCCAGUGUGGCAGGUGAAAUGGCAAAAAGACGACUUGGACAACAAUCUGAACUUCUUCUCUGUGUCUUCUGAUGGYCGUAUUGUUCAAUGGACAAUUGUGAAGAGUGAACUGCUCUUUACUGAUAUCAUCACUCUAAAACUUAGUACAGAAACRAAUGAGGGUCCUGAGGGAACUCAGUUAUCGAGUCUAGGCUGUGGUACAGCAUUUGACUUCCAUAAAACUAUUGACUAUUUAUUUCUUGUUGGCACUGAAGAAGGAAAAAUUCAUAAAUGUUCCAAGACUUAUUCCAGUCAGUUUCUUGAAACAUUUGAUGUAAGUUUCUUAUUCUUUUCCUUUUAUUUUCAUUGUAAUGAUGUUACUAUCUUUCAGGUCCAUGUUUAUGAUCUUAAUGUCAAUAAGUAUGAGCCGCUUUGUGAGCAAUCAGUUGUUGCAAAGAAGAAAUCAAAAUUGACACACCUGACUUUUAACCCUGCUCAUCCCAUUGUAAUAGUUGGUGAUGACAGGGGUUAUGUAACAUCUUUGAAGCUUUCACCGAAUCUGAGGAAAGCUACACAUCCAAAGGAAAAAGCAAAGGGACCAGAAAACGAGAUAGCAAAGAUGGACAAACUCCUAAGUUUAGUCAGAGAACCAGUUGAAAAGAAGUAGUUUUUCUCUCAAAAUGGAAUGCUCUCUUAUCCAAAGUAAUAUUUGACUACAGGAGUGGAAUAAGAUGACCAUUGGCCAGUGUACAUUAUUCACAUGUGAAUUUUAUCAACAAUAUUGUCAAUAUUAUCCCUGCAGUCUGUUAUUAUCAUCUCAAGAAGUGUUGUGAAUGGUAUUCAAUAUUUAGAUUGUAAAUAAAGCUAACACUCUUUUAACRAUG